AUGAAGCUCACUUCAUCCUCUAUCCACACUGUUAUCCACCCAACGGCCGCUUUUUCGGCGAACGUUCCAAAGCCCUCCGGGUCUCCUUCCGCCGAGCCGGAAUCUCAAUCCUGGCUCCAUUCCCAACUGAACCCCAAAAACCGAAUCGACAGUCUUGAACCACCAGAAAACCCCCCUCUGGAGAAUCGAUGGGUGUACCGGCCAAGGAACGCAGUUUUUGCCUUGCCUCUGUUCUUAGGGGACCAUGUCCCGCCCCUUCGAUUCGACGUAUUCCUCUCCCAGGAAGCGGGAAGCUGCCAACAGAUACGGGACCUGCUCGACCUGGAUGCCGCUUUCCAUACCAAGGAUGCUGUUCGGGUGCAGAGGCUUGGCAUCUCUCGCCAUAUUCUGCGGACACUGCAGGCGUGGACCCAGUCAAGUCAGCAGGGCGACAGCAAGCAUAGCUUGGCUGAGAUGUACAGGAACUUGCCCUUUGGAUCCCGCAUCAUCUUCGAGAAUCUGGAGUUCGACAUCCGUAACAUAAAGAUCACCAUUGCCCAAACAUUCCAUCUCGAAGGGCAGUUGCUCGGGCUUUCCAAACUCAGCGCUCAACUCGGUCUGCCUCAGGAUAGUCUCCCAGAGCCGAUAGACAUCUUCAAGGUUCGCAUUUUGGGUCAACUUACCGAGAGCGUGUGUCUUGUUUGCAUGGACGAUGAUGAUAAGGUGAAGGUCAUUGCCACAGAUGCCGCCAACGGAACGGAGGCAAAGAAAGAGGAGCUCUGGAUCCUGAAGGCCUUGACCAGCGGCACCAAAUACCUGUACACCGAGCUUCGUAACCUGCUGCAGAUGCCACCUCAUCCGCACAUUAUUUCACAUCCAGCACGUCUUGUGACGAAGCAGUGCCAGUUUGGAGGAAAGAACGCAGUCGUCGGGUUCAUGAUACCGUAUCAUUCUGCCGGAGGGCUCAGAGACACCCUGCCACUCCUUCGCAUCCACGGACAGCUUGCGCUCAAGGACCAACUCAAGUGGGCUAUCCAGUUGGCCCAGGCUCUGGUGCAUAUCAGCGACCAGGGUCAGAUGUAUUAUCCUGAUCUUCGUCUUGACAACAUCCUCCUCUCUCAGGCCGGGGACAUCGUCAUGGUAGACUUCGAACAACGCGGACUGUGGUGCGAGUUUGGUGCGCCCGAGGUAAACGCCCUGGAGUAUGUGCGCAUCCUAGCCAGCAACACCUUGCUCGAAGACAACGACCCGGACCUCUCCAUACCCGAGGAGAUCACAGAAAAAUUCACUGUUUUGCUCACGCGGGAGCUACCAGACUGGGAGGCUCUAGAAAUCUGCGAGAACUACAACCAACGACCAGAAGGUUACACCAGCUUCAACAUCGCGUGGCUAUGUCUCUCCAAAGCGGAACAAGAGGCUGCGGUGGUCUACAUGCUCGGACGAGUCCUCUGGUGCAUAUUUGAAGGCCAGAGCGGCCCGGACAAAGCCGCUUUUUGGCAGUCGUAUGCUCGGGAGCCGGACUUGCAGUUUCCUGAGAUGAGAUAUACGCCUGUCGAGCUAAGAGGCUUGGUGGACGAGUGCACGAGGGGUCGGAGGGAUGUUUUGUCGAGCCUGGUUACGCGUCAGGGGAGUAGACUAGUCUUGUUGCGCGAGAAAGACACUCAGGAGUCUGCUACUGAUGGUGAGGAGAAAAAAGAAGAGCGAAUUCUUCAAGUCGCAAGAGAUUGGUGGACCACAGAGGUGAAAGCUGCGGAAGACUUCUUGCAGAUGAGAUACGAGAUGAGGGAGCGUGGUGAGUGGAAUGAGAACUACUUCAGUAGACCGAGUCUGAGGGAUGUCAUCAGCCGCUUGGAAGAUUUUCAGAGACGGAGUUUGUCAUGA